AUGAAGUUGUCACUGGUGUUAUUUUAUGCCAUGGCGUCGGCAUGUACAUCCAUGGCAUAUGCUCGUCCGACCAUCACAGGAGAUAUGAUCAAAACCAUGGCCAAAAUCACAAUAGCCAGAAUCAAGAAGAUUAAAGCUGAGCAUUUUAAUAUGUCUCCUGAGAUAAGCUUUGGCACUUAUGAAGACACUCCCAUCGAAGGUUUAACCUCCAUUGUCGGUCACCUGAGCUCCUUGCUGGCGAGGUUGCGUGUCCCACCGGCACAUCAUCUGAGACAAGUGGAGGAGGAUGUGGACACUCUGCUUGGUCACCUUCGUGGGACGGCUAUCAGUCAGGGCUGCACGCUACCUAAGGCUGACAGCACUCUGCUUAAGUCUGAGACGGACUUCCCCAUCACAUCAAACUACCUCAGCCUGCUGGAUCUUCAAAGAUACCUGGAGAAACUGUGUCUAAACUUGGACAAGCUAAAGCCAUGUUAA